AUUUCGGCGUAAUGCACAAAAAGGUACAUCUUGUUCUUUUAUAUGCUUGUUGUUGCACAAAGCAAUGCGUUUCACCUGAAAUAUGCGUGUUAUUUUUUUGACUGUGGGAAAGCAUUUAUAUUUAACAUGAAGGUUGAGCUUAAGCUUUCUCUUUUAUCUUCUUCAUUCCACAUCAAAGAAAAAGAAUGACUGAGACAGAAAAAGAUCACAGAUUUCAUUUCGACACCUUACAGCUACAUGCUGGACAUAGCCCUGAUGCGACAUCAAGAGCUCGAGCUGUUCCAAUUUUUGCUUCAACUUCUUUUGUUUUUGAUGAUUUUAAACAUGCCACUGACCUGAUGGAAUUUCGUAAGAAAGGGUUUGUCUAUUCCCGGCUUUCGAACCCUACUACAGAUGUUUUUGAGCAACGCAUGGCAGCUCUUGAAGGUGGUGUACUAUCCACUGCAACCUCUUCCGGUCAAGCUGCUCAAUUUAUGACUAUAGCUACGCUUUGUAAAACAGGCGACAACCUUAUUUCUAGCUCUAGUGUAUAUGGUGGUACUUACAACCAGCUUAAUGUUCUUUUUCCAAGAUUGGGCAUUAAAACUAAGUUUAUUCAAAGUAAUGACCCCGAAGAUUACCGAAAAGCAAUCGAUGAAAACACCAAAUUAAUUUACGUCGAGAGUAUCGGUAAUCCACAAUUCCAAAUCCCCGAUUUUAGGGCACUAGCCGACGUGGCUCAUGAAAACGGUAUACCUCUUGUUGUUGACAAUACUUUUGGUGCUGGCGGAUAUAUUGUAAACCCAAUUAAGUAUGGAGCUGAUAUUGUUGUACAUUCUGCCACGAAAUGGAUAGGAGGUCAUGGCACGACUAUUGGUGGCGUCGUUGUUGAUGCAGGUAAUUUCGACUGGGGAAAUGGAAAGUUUCCGGAUUUUACUGAACCCUCAGCCAGUUAUCAUGGGCUGCAAUUUUGGGAUCAAUUCGGAAAACUUGCAUUCACCUAUAGAUUUAGAUCCGAGUCAUUGCGUGAUAUUGGUGCCUGUCAUAACCCUUUCGGAUCAUUCCUAUUGCUCCAAGGUUUAGAAACUUUAUCUCUACGGGUUCAGCGUCAUCUCGACAAUGCUCUUGAACUGGCUGUAUGGCUUUCAUCCAGAGAACAUGUAACUUGGGUCUCCUAUCCAGGUCUUAAAAACCACCCCUCGCAUGAGCUCGCAAAAAAAUACUUGCACGGAUUCGGAGGGGUUUUGACAUUUGGAAUAAGGGGUUCUCUUAAGGUGUUUAUCGAAUCUGUUAAGUUAGCGUCCCAUUUAGCUAACGUAGGUGAUGCCAAAACACUUGUUAUAGCGCCUGCUUUAACUACACACAGACAAAUGAGUGAUCAAGAACAGGAGGAUAAUGGCAUCACAAAAGACAUGAUCCGAGUUUCUGUCGGUAUUGAACAUAUUGAUGAUAUCAAGUGGGACUUUGCACAAGCAUUGAAAAAAGCUAAUGCUCCCGUCGAGAAGUUUCUAGACAAAUUACAUCUUAUUUAAGUUCAAUAUCCUUUAUCCUUCCAUUGUUAAUUUAGAUAAUGUUUAUGAAAAUAAAAGUACGAUGAAACAAUUAAAUCACUCUUCGUAUGAGAGAAAAAGAAA